AUGGCCGACAACGAAUACAACGCCGAGGAGGCCGCUGAGCUGAAGAGAAAGAGAGCGUUCCGCAAGUUCUCCUACCGCGGCAUUGACCUCGAUGAGCUCCUCGACCUCUCCUCCGAGCAGCUCCGCGAUGUCGUCCACGCCCGUGCCCGCAGACGCUUCAACCGCGGUCUCAAGCGCAAGCCCAUGGGCCUGAUCAAGAAGCUCCGCAAGGCCAAGCAGGAGGCCAAGCCAAACGAGAAGCCAGACCUCGUCAAGACCCACCUCCGUAACAUGAUCAUCGUCCCAGAGAUGAUCGGCUCCGUCGUCGGUGUCUACUCGGGAAAAGAGUUCAACCAGGUGGAAGUCAAGCCAGAGAUGGUUGGUCACUACCUCGGUGAAUUCUCAAUCUCUUACAAGCCAGUCAAGCACGGUCGUCCAGGUAUCGGUGCUACCCACUCUUCGCGUUUCAUUCCGUUGAAGUAG